AGCAGCUGCUCCCCCAGGCCAGCCGGGGAGGACCACAGUGACUGAAAGCAGCAGCUGGGGGAGAGCGCUCCCGCUGAUUUGUUUCCCCCUCACCCCCAUCCCCCAAUUAGAGGAGAAUGGAGCUCGGGUAAUCAGGGCUGGCAGGAGGUGCAGCAGGAGCAGGAAUUCCUGGGGACCCAGCUGAAUUGAUGGAGGAAUGAUGCGCUGAUGCCUAUUUUCUGAGAUGAUGAUGAUGAUAAAUAGCUUUUUAUGUACUACUUCUUUUCAUCAGCACACCUUGAAGCACUUUACCAAGAAGUUUACAGGGUAGACAGGACUGGAACUAUUUCUGCAGCUUCUAGAAGCCUGAUAUUAAGCAAUGUGACAACAUAAUCUGGAAACAUUAUUGCUGUUGGAAACAACUGGAAAGUGAUGCCCCUGUGCAGUGAAAACCGUACCAGUUGUGCUGUGUCUGAGGAUCUUUGUCAAUAUGGAGAUGGAGAUUUCUCAGGGGACAUAUUUUCACUUAUUCACACCUUCUACUGUGGCAAAAAUGGACUAUUUUCCUCACCAAAAACCAGCAGUGUAAUGCCCAUCUGAUACAUGCCUCAAGGAACUCCUAUUUAAAAUCUGUUGAAAAUGGAUGUCUUGUAGCCUACCAACAAAUCCUGCUACUGCUGCAUGUGUGGCAGCCCUUCUACAUGAUCGCAUGACUCUUGAUAUGGAUGCGGUCCUGUCAGACUUUGUUCGGUCCACAGGGGCAGAACCAGGUCUGGCAAGAGACCUGCUGGAAGGCAAAAACUGGGAUUUAACCGCUGCUCUGAGUGACUAUGAGCAGCUCCGACAGGUACACACAGCCAACCUGCCACAGGUGUUUAAUGAAGGGAAGUACUACAAGCAGCAGGAAAGAGACCCACCCCAACAGGUGAACAAGACUGAACGACCAAGUCUGCAGAGACAGGAUGACAUUGCUCAAGAAAAACGACUCUCCAGAGGUAUUUCUCAUGCCAGCUCAGCCAUAGUUUCCCUUGCUCGAUCACAUGUAGCUAAUGAAUGCAGCAAUGAACAGUUUCCUUUGGAGAUGCCUAUAUACACAUUCCAGCUACCAGAUCUUAGCGUGUAUAGUGAAGAUUUCAGAAGCUUCAUUGAACGUGAUUUAAUCGAACAGGCAACAAUGGUUGCUUUGGAACAAGCAGGUCGACUGAACUGGUGGUCCACAGUGUGUACAAGUUGCAAACGUCUUCUUCCAUUGGCUACAACAGGUGAUGGAAACUGCCUCUUACAUGCUGCCUCAUUAGGGAUGUGGGGAUUUCAUGACAGGGACCUUGUGUUACGUAAAGCACUCUACACUAUGAUGAGAAGUGGAGCUGAAAGAGAAGCACUGAAGAGAAGAUGGAGAUGGCAACAGACACAACAAAAUAAAGAGUCGGGUUUAGUUUAUACAGAAGAAGAGUGGGAACGGGAAUGGAAUGAACUGCUUAAGCUGGCCUCAAGUGAACCUCGCACUCAUUUUGGCAAAAAUGGAGGCACUGGUGGUGGAGUUGAUAAUUCAGAAGAUCCAGUGUAUGAGAGUUUAGAAGAAUUCCACGUUUUUGUCUUAGCACAUAUAUUGAGAAGACCAAUUGUUGUUGUAGCAGACACCAUGUUAAGAGACUCAGGCGGAGAAGCAUUUGCACCUAUCCCAUUUGGAGGAAUUUACUUGCCACUGGAAGUUCCACCUAACCGAUGUCACUGCUCACCUCUUGUCCUGGCUUACGAUCAAGCGCAUUUCUCUGCUCUUGUAUCCAUGGAACAAAAAGAUCAACAGAGAGAACAAGCGGUGAUCCCUCUGACUGACUCUGAACACAAGUUACUGCCUUUGCACUUUGCAGUUGAUCCUGGGAAAGACUGGGAGUGGGGAAAAGAUGACAAUGAUAACACCAGACUGGCCAGCUUGAUUCUGUCUCUGGAGGCAAAGCUUAAUCUCCUGCACAGCUACAUGAAUGUAACUUGGAUACGCAUACCAUCUGAAACACGGGCCCCUUUGGCCCAGCCAGAAUCGCCCACCGCUUCAGCAGGAGAGGAUGUUCAGUCUCUGGCCGACUCAAUGGACUCAGACCGAGAUUCUAUCUGUAGUAAUUCAAAUGGCAGCAAUGGCAAAAAUGGUAAAGAAAAGGAAAAAGACAAACAGAGGAAAGAUAAAGACAAAAACAGGACGGAUUCAGUUGCCAAUAAACUCGGAAGCCUCAGUAAAACUCUAGGAAUUAAGCUGAAAAAGAAUAUGGGUGGGCUGGGAGGGCGAGUGCAUGGCAAGAUGAGCAGAGCAAACUCAGGGAAUGGGAAAAAUGGCGACAUCACAGAAAAAGUCAAAGAGAAGAAGUCGAAGUCUCGCAAAGGGAGCAAAGAGGAGUCCGGACAGUCUGCGAGCACAUCUCCAUCUGAAAAGACAACUCCCUCUCCUACCGACAAGGCGAGCAUUUCACCUGCCGAAAAGACAAACACGAAAUCCCUCCCUGACAGACAAUCUGACCCGUGGAAAUACAGCACCGAUGUAAAGCUCAGCCUCAACAUUCUGAGAGCUGCCAUGCAAGGAGAACGCAAGUUUAUUUUUGCUGGCCUCCUUCUGACUAGCCAUAGGCAUCAGUUCCAUGAGGAGAUGAUUGGCUAUUACCUGACCAGUGCCCAAGAGCGCUUCAAUGCCGAGCAGGAACAGAAGCGAAAGGAGGCUGAGAAAAAAGCUGUUCUCAAUGGGUCAUCUUGCAGAAAACUGGAGCAAGAAGCAUAUUCAAAAGAAAAGUUAGAAUCAUCUGCUCAGGACAGGGCAUCACCACUCUUGCCUCAAAGCCAUACAACUCAACUGGUUUUAAAGUUUAAAGAUCGCACUAGUCCCACUCCAGGGUCAUUUUCUUCACCAAGUAAUUGUGCUAAGAAAAGUGGACCCAUUCCGGUAUCUGCCCAUUAUAGCCAUACUCCACCUGUUCAAAGGCAAAGCGUUAUUCAUUUGCAUGAUGUCAACUCCAAGCCAUCAAGCUUCCAAGAUGAUAACUACAAGCCAGUGGUUGGCACCUUAAAAACAUGUGCCACUUAUCCCCAACAGAAUCGAUCACUGUCGUCACAGAGUUAUAGCCCAGCACGGAUAUCGGGUAUCCGUACAGUGAACACAGUGGAAUCACUGACCUACGCCAUGCCUACCGAACACAAGUCACAGACAUUUACAAAUGGAUUUAAUACCGGUGAUAUUAGAGAUUGCUUAGAAUAUGCUGAUGAGGAGGCUCCUCAGACCUGGUUGAACAAUGAUAAAAACCGAGGCAGAAGCACAGUUUCCCCAAUAUAUUCCAUCCAGCAGAACCGUUGCAAGAAAGAGAACUGUUCCUUUUAUGGUCGUCCUGAGACUGAAAAUUACUGCUCAUACUGCUACAAAGAGGAGUUAAAGCAUAGGGAGAGAGAAAGUAAGGGACACCGGCAUUGAGGAUUGUGAGGAUCCUUCCCUGACUACUUAGUUUAACCAUUUUCUUACUUGCAAGUAAAUAGCAAUGGAUUAUGGAAAAAGGAACCCUAAAAAGGGAAUGAUGGGUAAAUAAUAUCUAGCUUGUCACUUUUCUGGGGCAGUGCAGAAAUAAGAGGAUUAAUUUAUCAUAAAGAAUUUAUUAUUUUCCAUUUUGUCAGUGUCUUUUUUACAUACACUGGUAAGCUGAAAGGUUGUUUACUCCUUUGUCAGUGCUGUGUAUAUGUUUGGUCAAAAAUGUACUAAUGGUGCCUGAAUUUACACUGACAUCACUCAGGUAGUAGAAUGACAGGGAAAAAGUAAUAAUACUGGAGAUGUGGUAUUAUAAUAGGAUAGUAUCUGCCUCAUAUACAUUUGAAAUUCUAUAGCCAUCAUAGGGGUGAUUUUUUUUCUCAAUAGAAAGUAAAUUUUUCAUAGCCCCUUUUUUAAAAGGGUAGUCAUUUUGCAUACUGCAAAUUUUUAACGUAGUGACAUUACUUUACUGUAAACAUUUUGUAUUCAUUUUAGUGCGAAAUGCAGUGUCUCCAGAAAUAUGUGAAUGAAGGUCUGGAUUCAUGAGGACUGUAUCUCCUCAUAAGUGUUGGUGCUUGCAGAUUUUUUCCUCCCAGUUCAGUAAAAAUCUGAACUAGUCAAUCCAUAUGUUAAUUUGUUGUGAAUUGCAAGACAGAUAUUGGACAUUGUUAGAAAUAUACUGUGGCCCUAUUACAUGCAAGAUUUUGCAUGACAUAGAAAUCCCAGCAAAUAAUCUUAGUCACAUGAAUUUCAGCAGCAUUUUUAUGGCUGUGAAGAUGGGGAGAAAUCUAUAAAAACUACCUUAAAGGACUUACAGAACUUGCUCACGAGCCAGAAUUUUUUGCCACAGUCUAAGGCUGGAUAAACUGUUCAGCACAAAUAAUAUGUUGCACGAAUUUAAUUCCCCUAUUCACAAUCUGACUUCUUUCUUUUAUUAAUUUGUUCAUUGUCCAAAAUUACUGGAUGAAUGGUUAUUGUGAAAAUACUUCCAUCUAAGCACUACUUGCAAUCUAUUUGUUGCAACUGUUGUGUUGAGUCUUUUGGACGGAAUGACACACACACCCCCACAAAGAGCUUUCAAGAUAUCUGUGCAAACACUUCCAGCAUGAAUACUCAUGCAAAUGCAGAUUUGUGCAAGUCUUCAUAUCCAAAUAUUGACAUAGGUAUUUUUGAUACUUCCUUUCCCCUUUGGGAAUAAAGUGUUGUUCUACUGGAUGUUUGUGAAAAGCAGAUAGAAGGGGUCACAAAUACCACCAAAAUACAUUUGUAGUUCUUAUUCCAACAAGCUUUCCUGAAUGUUGUUUGCAGUUUUCAUGCCACCAACCCAUGCAAGUAUGGCAAUAAAACAAACUCAGAUUUUUAAUAUUGAUACACUUGUAAACAAUGGCUGGAUUUUCUGUCUGUCUACAUUCAUGAACAAUAGCUCAUUUCCUGCAGGUAGACAGAAGAUUAUUUGCCUUCAGGACUCUUUGCUAACUGUUAAUUCUCUGCCAUUCUCAGGAUCAUGAGUCCAGUUUUAUUCAAGUAUUGAACAGCAUUUUUCUGGGCCACAAGUGGCUCAGGGCCUAUUCUCACCAUACAUACUCAGAUCUUACACGUGUAUAACUGUUAAUUUGAGUAAGUUGCUCCUACUUAGCAUGGUUGUGAGCUCAGUCAGUCCCUUUGGCCCUGAUUCAGCACAUUAAUUUUCAGGAAAGCAUUUAAACAUGAGCCAGAGCCCCCUUGAAAUCAGUGGAACUUUGGCACCUUCUUAGUGUUAAACACAUAUUUAAAGGGUUUGCUGAAUCAAACCUUUAUUGACAUUUUUAUUAAUGAAUCACCACCCUAUAAAGAUGAAUUCGUAAAAAUUGAUGGGCAAUACCUAGCUAGCUCUUUCCUGAAUUCAGACCUGUAUUGAACUGAUAUCCAUUUUUUCAUUAAGGGAACAUGUUACGAAGCUGAAUGAGUUAUUAAAGCUCCCUUUAUUGUGUGACUCCCCCUUAUGAAGCCCAGAGUUCAAAAUCAUGUUCUUGGUUUUGUAUGCUGUUACACAGACUCUUUAUUGCUUAGCUGGGGUGAUUGAGUAUAUGUUCUACUUACCAAAGAAAUCUGUGAUUUCAGAUCAUCUUACAACAAAUCAGACAUACUUGAUUGCAUUUGUUAUAGAAAGGGAGACAGAAAACCAGAAAGGACAAAAUUUCAUGAAGGAAAGAAAUAUUAAAUAAUUAUUAGAGUAGCAAUAACAUUUGAUAUUCCUAUAAAUGCUUCUGUAUAAAGUUAGACUUGAGAAAACUGCACUUAGCAUCCACUUGCUCCUGUCCAUUUAUUUGAUUCAACUGCAUCAUCUUUGAAGAAGAAGAAAUGUGGUCACAGCACAUACUUAAAAAUACAUAAUUUAUUUGUUUUAAGUUUAAAAAAAAAUUGAUUAAGGUUUUAGCUGCAGUACUCAUCAAAAUAAGAGGUUUACAAAGUCAAUAUUUAAAGAAGUAAUUACUAUAGGCCAAAUUACUUAAUAGAUUGACUCUUACCUAGAAUAUUUUGCAAAGUGUAAUUGAUCUGCUGAAUAAUAACACAAUUGUGUCCGCAUACCCAAGCUUCACAAUACACAAGGUCAUUCUUAAAUUAUGAAAAAUUAACAGGAAGCUAUUUCUUCAAUUAUUUCAAAUAAAUCUGUUGUGCGAUAGUAGUGCUAUUACGCAGCCGCCCCUUUCCUCAGCUUCUUUAAUAAGUUAUUGGGCCUUACUAAAUUAGCUCAACACAGGGUUGCCCUCUUAUGAGAACUUUUUCCCAGCAUCCCCUUCUCAUAGUGUCCAUUUACAUUUGGCAGAGGUAAGCAGGUGCAGCCCUAAAGUGGUCAUUUUGCAACUGGCUGCUGCUAGCUAUAUCUUCCUCCCCUGCUGGUGAGGCUUCUUUAUUCCUGUUAUGCAUGCACCCAGUGUUCCAUGUGUGACUCCUGAGCAGAACUGACACUUAUUCCCAUUCGCUGCUAGGAUUUGUUUUGUACUAGCAUGGUGCUUUGCACUCUGCGCACCAAACACAUAAAAGAGAGUGCCUGCUCUGAUAAAUUUAUAGCACAAGGACUGAUUCUGACAAACACUAUGGUGCGCACGCCCUUUGAACUGAAUUUGCAGGGUCCAGCCCUAAAAGGGAGUUUCUUGUCUGUCUAUCUUCAGAGAUAACUAGAAAAUGCUCAUGGCUUGAGUUCACCAUCAGUAAAAGAAAAUCUUCAGUCGCUCCUCAUCCAGCACUUAGAGGUCCUGUGCCCCAUUUUUGCCGUUAUAGUGAGUAAUAUAUUUGUAACUCCUAUACUUUUUAUCUUCCAUCAAAUGUAACCCACUGGUCAGUGUGUUAUAUGUACCCCUCUGUGCCUGACCAAGAGAGAAAGUAUGCCUCUUAACAGCUUUCAGUUAGAGGAGCUUGCUUUUUAGCUCACGCUGUAGUAGAGACUCAUACUUUUAACUUUGGAGGUCUCCAGUUUGAUCCCUAGUGUUAGCCAAGUUGGUGGCCAAUUAUACAAAUACCAUCUUUUACUUUUUAAAACCUGUUUUUGUUUUGUUUUGGCAUUCUCUGAUCAUGGCACAGCGACUGGCUGGGUCAGCCCAUCAUUUCUCCUCCUUAUGCCCCAGCUCUUGCUUUUAGAUGCAUGUUUGCGGUAUUGAGGAAAUUGUGCUGUAAAUGUAGAACACAAAACAGUGAUCAAAGAUCAUCACUCCUGCUCAUUCUUCAUUGGAAGCCCCAAUUUAAAAAAACACUAAAUGUACACACACACAAAAUACAUUCAUAGUCACCAGAAGAAACGUACGUUAGAGGAAGUAGGUAUUGUUUACAUUUUUCGAAUGUGCAGUGAUUGCUGCUAAUAAAAAAAAAAUUUAAAAAGCAAAAACCCUUAUGGAAAUAUUGUACCUUGCUAACAAAAUCUGCUCACAAUAGAGGAGGCGUAUAAUCCAUAAUAGACUUUUGAUCACACUUUACAUUGAUUCUAUUUAUAAAUGGUUUAUGAAUGAUUGCUAGAUGUUGUAAGUAUGUUACAGACACGAGUUGCACAUGCGAUAGUAAUAAGCAUAUCCAGUAGAAUGGUGGUGUAGAUGGUCAUAAGCAGCUUAGGGUAAGUCUACACUGUGAUUUAAAACUGCCACUGAGUCUCAGAGCCUAGGUCAGUGGGCUCAGGCUGUGUGGCUUAAAAAUAGCAACGUAGAUGUUCAGGCUUGGGCAGGGUCUCAGAGCCUGAGCUCUAGCCCAAGCCUGAACGGCUACACUGCAUUUUAUAGACCAAGGCCAGCAGUGGUGCAGGUCUUUGACUGUAUCCCAGUUGACAUGUUGGACUCUAUAACAACUGAUUAACCAUUUAUUACAAAUCUAUUAAUUUAUUAAGCUUUUAAAAUUAUUUAUAAGUGCAUCAAUUAUAUAAAGUGUGAGCAACCUUCCUUUAGCAAUUUGCUCUUUUUAAAUUCAAACAUAAUGUACAAAACGGUUCUAGGGGAGGAAAGAUGCUCCAUUUGGAAUUUUGUGUGUUGCUCAUUUAUUAAGAACUUUAAAUAGGUCUUCAGAUGAAGGCUGAGAGUUCUCUUAAAUACAAAAAGUUCUAGGAUAUGAGCAGUGUUUCAUGAUGCAAGAAAUGUCAAAGGCAUGGCAAGCAUGGUGUGAUUCCAAUCACUUACUUAGGCAUGCUGACUGAUUGCAGAUCAGUGCAGACUGCUGUAACAAUCACAGCCUUUGUCAUUCUCUGUGGGCUAAUCCCAGUUUGUUUUAUUUUUAUUGUGGUGAAUGUGUUGAUAUGAAAUAAUGCACAACUUGCAGAGUAUAGCUCUUUAAGGCCCUGAUCUUGGAAAUAGUUACACAUGUACUUCACUUUAUGCACGUGAAUAAUCUCCCUCACCCCAAUGAGACUGCUCAUCCGCAAGGAAACACGUUUAUCAGUGUGCAGGAUUUGGACUAACCUUUCAGCCAAAUUUGGUCCCCUUUAGGGCAAAAUGCUGUUCAUCUUCCUUAGACUUCCAAUGACAUCAAGGAGGAUUUUUCUGGAGGAGCCACAGACAGAAAUUUGUCCCAUCAGCCAGAUCCAAGGGCUAGCAAAGUUAAUGGAAAGAAUCCCACUAAUUUCAGUAGGCUCUAGAUCAGGCCCUUCGUGAACACAAAAUAAUAGAAACAAGCCGACUAAAGAAGCAAUGUCUUCAUAACCUCGGGAAAGUUUCGUGCAUCAUUAGAUAUCCAUAUCCAAAUGGAAAUCGCAGUAAUUUGAAAAAGACCAAGAUCCAGAGAAGCUAAAUCUCUGACCCUGACUGUAAGUGGCUUUUCAGCUUAAUCCAUUUUAACUCUUUCUAUAUACUGCAAGUAUUUUUGUCUGAAGCUAUGGCAACUUCUAUAGAAUAUCACCAAAUAGUAUACAGCAUAGAAUUUCAAUUACUUCAGUAACCUACACUACAUUAAAUUUCUAGGCACAUUAAUUUCCUGUGUAUAUGAUUAAAAAAAGGGUAUUUGUAAGUGUGUUCUGUUUGUAGAUUUAAGACUGUAUUAUGUUGGAAUUUUACAAGCCAAGUUUAAAUUGUAAUAUAGAUAUUAUUUUUAUAUUAUUUUCAAAAUAUGCUACAGAGCAGUAUUUUGCGCCUUUAUUAGAAACAGGGUUGUCAUUUUAGUAGGUUAACUUUGGAAAUGUUGGUAGAAAUUAACCAUGAAAAGAAAGCUUUGUAAACAUUCUCGUAAAUUCUGAAUGCUCUUUGUUGUUCACUCCAAUGUCUAUUGAAAGUUGGAAUAUAUGAAUGUUUUUUAUUGAAAGGCUUUACAUUUUUGUUUAUAUAUUUUGGUACAGUACUUCCCUCUCCCUGCUCAACCUCUCCAGUGAACACUCUUUUUUAUUAGCAACUUCAGAAUCAUUAAUUCAUCCAAAAGGUUUUCUUACCUGAAUAAAGAAGGAAGUCCCUACACAGAAUGUGGUUGCGAUUCAUAACAGUUUGAAUCCAUUUCAGUAGGUUUAUUUGUUUUUUUAAAUAUGUUUAUGGAAUUGUUAUUCCUACCAAAAUGGAGAGUGACAAUGAGACACUGGUGUAAUAAUUUAAUACCUGUAGAUUGUAAAUCCCUCUAGAUUGUGGAAAUGUCAACUUCUAACUGGUAAAUGCAUUUUAUCCUACUGUAUAUCUCUGCCCAGCAUGCCUACACGUACACUCAUGUUUGCAUAUCAGCUUCUUGCAGAUUACAUCAUUCAGACUUUAUUUCACAGUACUUUCCACUGUACAUAUCAAUAUCUGAUGAACUGUGCAAAAAAAAAAAAGACUGCUACUAAUGCAUAUGUAAGUCACAAACCAACAGGUACAAUUUUUCAGGGAGUGUUGGGUAUUUUUAAAAGAACAACUAAUGAUUGUAUUGCAAUCAAAAUGUUCAAAUCUGGGUGCCUGAAAUUAGGACCCUAAAUCCAUAUUUGGUCUAAUAAAUGAGUUGCCUGGUUUUAAGAGGUGCUGAACAUUGACUUCAUUCGGAAUUUCUGUUGCUUGAUGACUUCAGAAAAUCAAGCCAGUCGUUUAGGUGCCUAUAAGUGAUCUUUUUUGCCUGUGUGUAUUCAGGUUUUUUUAUUAUUAUUAUUUUAUUGCUCUCUCUUUUUUGACUCAAUGAAAACUAUGUGACCUUUAGUGAUUUUCAUUUUCUGUGUCAGUAAUUAUGAUGAUUUAUAAAGUGAUCACUUGGGUAUCGAGAGCCCUGCCUUGGUGUACCAAAAUACAGUAUAAUUGUCCAUUUAAUAACAACCUACUUCUUAGCAAGGCUAGCAUUCCUCAGACGUUAGGGGAAGUGUAUCUUUCUUUAUUUUUCCUUGCAAAGCCUGACCACAAUAAUUGGCUUCUCUUAGGUGAACAUGUUGCUUUGACCCAUCUCUUUUGCCUCCUAUUACCUGAAUGCAUGUACUGUACCAAGGGAAUCUAAAUGGCUGAUGCACAUUUGCACUGUGAAACACACAGCAUGGGUAAAAGCCACCAUGUUCCAAACAGCCUUAAAGUUAUGACACUCUGGGGACUGAGAGUCAUUUAACUGGAUGCAGCCUGUGUCCCCACUUCCUCAUUUACCCAUGACUGUAAAUUGCUCUAGUCUGCUGUAGCCUGCAUAAUUAUGUGGUGCUGUAAAACUGUCUGCUCUGUAUGCUCAUUUAAAUCAUAGGUAGGGUUUGUUUGGGUUCUUUGGAAUAAAAAUGGAAUUGAAAGUUCCAAAUCUUUGAUAACGGCCAGUGUGCUGGGAAACCUGAAUGUCAAGGAGGGAAAAGAGAGAAAAAGUAAUUGGGUAGGUAAAUGGUGGGUAACAUAGUAACUACGGCAACAAAAUGUUUAGUGGAGUACAAAGUUCUGGUUAUCAAAAAUCAUUGUCUGCCUAGGCUUGUGGAUCAUCCCACUAAACUCAGAGAACAGAAGCAUGUUGCUUUGCCAUUCAUCUGUUCAAUUGUCCAGACCUGUUCAUUGACAAGGCUUAUUCAUUGUUUUUCCGCUCUUGUGCAGAGAACUUUAUUUGUAACAUUGCCUGAAGUUACAGAGGCAUGGUAAAAUGUCAAAACUAAGUCAGUGCCUAAUAUUGCUCCAUUUAUUAAUUAUAAUUGGCUUUCUUUUGACUCUUUUUCGUGCUUUUCAUUAGAGUGAAAUGCAGCUUGAAAACUGGUGACCCCAUUCUCCUCUUUCUUAUGCAUCAGUUUGACAUCAGUGCAAUGGCAAAGUGAUGCCAGAUUUGCAUAGGUGUAACUGAGGAGAAGGUCCUGCAUGGGCUCUCAUAUAGAGGUGUUACUGCUUUGUCACAGAACCACAUUAGAAAGUGACAUGGGCCAAAUUUUGCCCAAGUGAAGUGGUAGUUUUCCAGGAGCCGGGGACCUGUGCCUCCGCCAUUGUCGUCUUUUAAUAUGGGCACUGGGCUCAUCUGUCCCUGUGAACAGCAUCUCUAUAUCACAGACCAUGGUAGUGGAACGAGGCCUUGUAGAACUCUGUUCACUUGCUCUUUGGCCAGCUUGGCUUAUGUCAUUCAAAAUAGGCUUUUCCCAAUUUUUAUUAAAAUAUGCAGGAGAUCCAGUAGCAAAAUAUAACAUCAGACCCUCACGGUCUGAGGUAGCGUCCUUACGCCACUUUUAACUAUAUUAAAAUGUUGCCAUCUGAGAUGAACAGAACAACAGCUAUGCAGGGACAGUAAAGAAGCUUUUGGCUCUCAGCAUUGCAAAUUGUACAUGUUUAUGCUUUAAUAUUGAGAAAUGUACAGAGGGUUUUUGAUAGCCUCUCUCUUGCUACAAUAGAUGGAAAGCCCUUUUCCCAUGUCGCUCCUCAAGGAGCUUUGCAUACACAUAAUACAAAACUCAGUUCAUUCAGCAUAAGCCAAGGAGAACAAAUAGGAUUUAAGCCUAGAUUAAAUAAUAAAUAGAAUUAGUCACACAGACUUCAGUAGUCAGGGAAGUCCAAACUGUAGUAUUAUAUCAUGUUAACAUUAAUAAUUUAAACAGGACUUUGCCCCAAUUAACUAGAUUAGGUUCAUACACUUUCCUCAGGGGAAGAAUGAAUCUUUCCCUGUUGUUUCCCAACCCAUCACUUAUUCUAAUGGUAACCCUCCUGUUACAUUCAUAUGGUAUUUGUCUUCCAUUAUUUAAGUAGAGACAUUUUGUUGUGAGCUGUACAUGGCUGUUGUGUUUUUACUGUACUGUUCAGUUCCGUUUUCUGUUAGUAUUUUGAUGGCAAAAUACUGUUAUAAAUAUGUCAUACUGCCCUUCAGUUGAUGGUUGCAUGAUUGGAAGAAUUUCUUCUCUUUAGAAGGCCGCCUUCUCCUUCCUUGACAUUUGUGAUUGUACAUUUUUCUUCAUGGAGAGAGAUGGAUCAAAUGUUCAAAAUCUGCACACUGUUUACGAUGUACAUUUUCUAUGGCAUAAUUCUGCAUGGUUUAAGCCAGAUGCAUCUCAAACAAGGGCAAGUUUCUUUAGGAUCCACCUGCAAGGGAAUCUACCAUAUAGGAACUAUCUCUAACUCAGUUCAUUCGACUGUCACCUUAUUAUCACCAACUAUUAUAUCACCUGCCCCAAAAUUAUCCGUACAUUUUCAUAUCUACUGAUAACUUUCUUCCUUUCUCUCUUUAAACUCUUGGACAAAUUCUGAAAUUCUUACUCUGUCCUUUAUGUCAGUGGGAGUUUUCCAUGAGUAAGAAGGAUUUGGUCCUCGCAUAGAGAAUGCUUUGUCUAAAUAGGAAAGUAUUGAAAUAGCCCACCCAUUUGAUUUUUUUUAAAGUCUAUUCAAUGGUCUUCAUGCAAUUUUAACCAAAGCUAGUACGAUACAAUUUUUAAAAAAUCAGAACAGGUGAUGCAACUCUUCCUAGUAACCUAACCAACUCAGAGUUGUAAGAAGUCUAUAUAAAUGUAGAGUAAAUGUAUUUAUACAGGACUGUCAGCAAUGUUGAAGCAAAUGUUAAUACAGAAAAAAGCAAACUUCACUCAUUUCUCUAGGGCAAGACUUAAAUUUCUUGGCAGUCAACCCAUUCUCAUUGUUUUGGAGCUUGAGCGUAGUUUAUUGUGGUCUUCUGUACAUUUCUUAAGAGUUUUAGCAGAGGAUUGUUUUAGGAUUAAAAAAAGUAAUAUGGAUAUAAUAUACAUAUCAAGGCUUUAUUUAAAGCUGAGGUGACUUUCCAGAUUUAUUCAAUUCAUUUCCAUUUAAAUGUUCAUCCCCUGUGAAACAAGAUGAUUUAUCUUACCCCUGCCCUGUUAGUAAUUGAAUGAUGUGAUUGCUUUCCAUCACUUUGGUCUGAAGAGAAAACAUUUGGUCAUUUUGAUCCUGCCUCCCAUAUCAUGUUUAAAUUGAUUGUUCCAAAGAAAUGAAAGCAUUAAAUAAUGUUAAAAGGUAAUGAAUAUUUUUUGGGGUGGAAAGUGUGAGUUCUUGAGAAUCUUUUUUAGAUGCAAUGUUCAUUUUGAUUCAAUUUAAAUGUUAUUUUUAAUCUGAUCCAUUCUUUGACAAAGAUGAUGUAAGAACUGUUUUUAGCAGUUGGAUUGUUACUUUGUAAAGUAUUCAAGCACUAAACCAAUUUUUGCAAUAGAUAGUAAAUCUUGCUUUCGUUUUGGAAAACUUCCAGUUAUAACUGUCGCACUUUUUAUAGCAGAACUGUAUUUAAUUUCUUUCUUUUAUGAAAGAUUACUAUAAGUAACUGAUAGCUCUGUAAUCUGUGUGAAUUGGCUUCUCCAUUAUUUGAAACAGAGAAGCUA